AUGCAGUUCAAGCUCUCCCUCGUUGCCUUCCUGGCUACUACUACUGCUAUUGCGGCGCCCGUCCCGGCUGGCAAGGAGGCUAGCUGUGCCUCGGAUGCUAUCAACGUGCUGAGUGUCGCGACUAGCGAAAUCAGCUCCCUUACCAAGACUCUGGAUGGGAAUGGCAACCUGAUCGAGGUUGGCCAGUCUGCCGUCUCUGGACUGACCAACCAUGCCGGAACCAUCCUAAAGAGACUCUCUCUUCCUUGCGGAAGCAACCUGAGCAAGAGCGAACAGGAACAGCUCUGCUCUGCUGCUGAGCUGUUCAUCGAUCAAGACGAGGCCUUGGUGAAGGCCUUUGACAGCCAGAAGGGUAUCCUGAAGAAUACCCCCUUCGUCGCUCCCCUCGCUGCGGCCAUCCGUACCAUCGAGGCCGCCACUGGUGAAUACUUCGACCCCAUCGUCGCCGCCACCCCUCUCUGCGGCGGUAACCUCCAGCAGUUGGUGCAGACCCUGCAGGACGACAUCUCCCAGCUUGUGGGCAUGUACUCCAUGCUCCAAGGCGCUCCCAGCCUUCCGCUACAGGGUCCUGGCUCCGGUGCGGAGUCAGGCAACCCCAACUAA